AUGAACACAAAGCAGGGGCCAAUUUUUCCAAAUUUGGCGGUAGUGAACGAUGUGAAAGUAAGGUCAUGUCCUCGGGUGGGGCUGGGGGUAGGGUCCAGGGGUGGGAAGGGGGGUAAGAAAGCCUCUAGACUGAGAGUAGGGUCUUGGAACAUUGGGACGUUGACGGGGAAGUCUAUAGAGUUAGGUAAGAUUCUUCAGAAGAGGAAGAUCAACAUAGCGUGUGUUCAGGAGACUAGAUGGAAGGGUACUAGCGCACGAGAUGUAGACGAGUUUAAACUAUGGUACUCAAGGAGCGCUGGGGGUAAGAAUGGGGUUGGCAUUUUAGUUGAUAGGGCCCUCAGGGAGCUCGUGGUUGAGGUUAGGAGGGUAAAUGAUAGGUUGAUGAGUAUUAAGCUGGUAGUUGGUGGGUUUACUGUAAACGUGAUUAGUGCAUAUGCUCCUCAGGUAGGUUUGGACCAGGAGGUCAAGAAGCAAUUCUGGGAGGAUUUGGACGAGAUGGUGCGUAGUAUCCCAUGCACAGAGAAGUUGUUCAUUGGCGGUGAUUUCAAUGGUCAUAUUGGGCUAGUGCUAGAGGUUAUGAUGAUGUACAUGGCGGCUAACUCGAGUUUUCCGAAGAAGGAAAAGCACCUGGUCACUUUUCGGAAUUCAAUGGGCAAGACCCAGAUUGAUUAUCUUCUCUGCAGGAAAUGUGAUAAAGGUCUGUGCACUGAUUGCAAGGUCAUCCCAAGUGAGCACAUCACGACUCCUCAUAGGCUCAUAGUUAUGGACCUGGAGAUCAAGAGGAGUAGGAGGAAGAGGGCGGGGUGCAGGGAACCUAAGAUCAAGUGGGGUAACUUGACCAAGGACAAAUCUCAGGAGUUAGGGGAGAAGUUGUUGGCUAUGAGGGCCUGGACGAGUAGAGGGGACGCAUCUAGUAUGUAG